AUGCAAAGUGUUGAUGGAAUUCAUGUAAUAGUUAGGUUAGCGAAGUUGUCAGUGGACAAAGUCCUGCCAGCACCAUGUAGCACUUCAGUUUUGUAUCCAGAAAUAGGAGGGAACCUCCAUUGCUUCACUGCCAUAACCUCUUGUGCUGUACUUGACAUUCUCACACCUCCGUAUGAAGAAUAUUCCAGAAGAAAAUGUACUUAUUACCGAGAUUACCCCUACUCCAGUUUUGGAAGUGGAGAUGAGUUGAUUGAUGGAAAAGAAGAUGAAUAUGCAUGGUUAGAGGAGAUAGAUGCACCAGAUGAUCUGUAUAUGAGAUAG